AUGUUAAUUAAUGAUAGAUCACAAAUAGAAAAUAAACCAAAAACAGCUGAAGUUGUUAAUUAUUGGUAUAAUUUAGAUAUAAAAGGUUUUGAACGAAUCAGAUUUCAACUUAAUAAAACAGUAUCUUGUUUACCAGCUAAUAUUGAAUUAGAUGGACGUUCAACAUCAAUAAGAAAUUUUCAAACAUUAUUAACAGAUUAUGCAAAUAAUACAGGAUCAAUACGUAUUAAUGAUACUGUUCAAGGAAGAAUAACACAAUAUGAUAUAUAA